AUGCUUUGGCUUACCAAGCAACGGAAGCUAUUGGCGGAUUCUAUUUAUCGAGUUAUUUCUUCUUCUCGGUUGCUAUCGUUUUUUGGCAAUAAUGGAAGGUGGAAAGGAUCUAUGGCCCAAGUUAAGCUAUCACGUUAUGGACACAUGCUAAAAUUCUUUAGCACCGGCAACAUUCAGAGUUGGGAGUUUGUUAGUGAUGAUUUAAAGGAAUCGAUCUUCUAUUACCUCUUAGAUAAGCGUUCAAGGUACCGCACUGGCCAUCAUUCACGCAUGGUUGGUCGAGAGAUGAUAUUGGAAGAGAGAGGUGAUCAGGUGCUUAAGCGUAAGGGAUGCUUUGAAAAAUUAGGUUGGUCUGUGAUUGAAAGAGACUUUCACGAAAGCUUCCUGUUAUGGUACAUUGCUACUCGUUAUCGUUUGAAUGAGGAUUAUAGUGAUUCAAUUCAUUGUAAGAUGAGCAGAUCUUUAUCUGAUUACUUGAUGUAUCUAUGGAGUGAUUUGCCGUUUUUGCUACCUGAAGAGUUGGUUGAAGCAAAGUACAAGCAAAUCUUUAAAACAUAUCCUGAUGCUCGAAAGCUCGCCAGUUUACUACACUUGGUUUUGAACGCUUGGAUAAGGUUUAGACUCGAAGAAUUGAGGUCCAAUAGUGGAAAGCAAUGUUGA